AUGAGUAUAUUGGUCAUUAAUACUAGGACUGAUGUCAGCAGAUCUUUUGCUGGUAAUCACACUGCUUUUCCAGUUUAUGAGGUCUCUGAAGGUGUAACAGUUUUGCUGGCGACUGUAUUGAUCUUCACAACCACCAUGGACAUCUUUGGGAACAUACUAGUAGUGAUGUCUGUGUUGCAAAAUAAAAAACUCAGGAAUGCUGGUAAUAUGUUUGUUAUCAGUCUGUCUGCAGCAGAUAUCCUUGGUGCUGUUUACCCAUACCCUUUGAUUAUCAGAUCUAUUUUACAAAAUCAAUGGCAAUUUGGAGAAAUACAAUGCCAGAUUUCAGCUAUCAUUCAAGGUUUGAGUUUCAAUGCUUCUCUCUAUAACAUCAUGGUGAUAGCAAUCAAUCGUUGGUGCUGCAUUUGCCAUGGGAUGAAAUAUGACAAGAUAUUCACCAUGAAGAACACCUACUGCUAUAUAUUCCUGACAUGGACAAUUAGCUUUAGUUUAGUUUUACCAGACCUUUUACUUGGAGCUUUACAAUAUAAUCCACAUGUAUACAUUUGUACAUUUGUAUUCAGUAUAAAUGAAGCACUUACUAUGGGUGCUAUAGUCUGUCUUUUCAUUUUGCCAGUAAGUAUUGUAAUGCUAUGCUAUGCCAAUAUUUGGAUUACAGUCUUACAGGUCAAAUACAGACUAAAAAAAGACAGCAAGCAAACUCUGCAGCCUUCAGACAUGAGGAACUUUCUGACAAUGUUUGCAGUAUUUGUGGUUUUUGCAGUAUGCUGGGCCCCAUUCAGUAUUCCUGGUUUGAUUGUAGCUUUUAGCCCUCCAGGAAAGGCACCACAGUUUCCAGACUGGUUGUUUGUCUUUGGCUUCUUUAGUGCAUGUUUCAAUAGUUGCCUUAAUGGUAUUGUUUAUGGGGUUUUUAAUAAGAACUUUCGUCAGGAGUACAAACAUAUACUAUGGUCACUUUUAACAUUUACAACAAGAGGCAUAAAGGGAAAAUAA